CUCCGGGGGGCGGAGCCUCACCUAUGCGGUGGCAGUAGUCAGCACAGCUCUGCUAGAGUCCGGGGUAGCACAGCCACCGCGUUCAUGGCCCGCAUUCCCCGCCACCGUCGCCUGGUCCUGCCGCUGCUGUGUCUGCUCUUCCAAGGCGCCACCGCCCUCCUCUUUGCGAUCUUUGUCCGCUACAACCACGAAACCGACGCUGCCCUGUGGCACUGGGGCAACCACAGUAACGUGGACAACGAGUUUUACUUUCGCUACCCAAGCUUCCAGGAUGUGCAUGUCAUGGUCUUCGUGGGCUUUGGCUUCCUCAUGGUCUUUCUACAGCGGUACGGCUUCAGCAGUGUGGGCUUUACCUUCCUCGUGGCCACCUUCACCCUGCAGUGGGCCACACUACUCCAAGGCUUCCUCCACUCUUUCCAUGGUGGCCACAUCCACAUUGGCGUGGAGAGUUUGAUCAACGCUGACUUCUGUGCGGGCGCUGUGCUCAUCUCCUUCGGGGCUGUUCUGGGCAAGACUGGGCCAGCCCAGCUGCUGCUAAUGGCCCUACUGGAGGCGGUGCUGUUUAGUGUCAAUGAGUUUAUACUGCUCAGUCUCCUGGGGGUGAGAGAUGCUGGAGGGUCCAUGACCAUUCACACAUUUGGGGCCUACUUCGGGCUGUUCCUCUCACGGGUCCUCUACAGAUCCCAGCUGGAGAAGAGCAGGCACCGCCAGACCUCUGUCUACAACUCUGACCUCUUUGCCAUGAUCGGGACCAUCUUCCUGUGGGUUUUCUGGCCCAGCUUCAACUCCGCUCCGACAGCGCUGGGGGAUGGGCAGCAUCGGACAGUGGUCAACACAUACUAUUCACUCACCGCGAGCACCCUCAGUACUUUCGCCCUGUCUGCCCUUGUCAGUGGGGAUGGACGACUGGACAUGGUCCACAUCCAGAAUGCAGCACUGGCUGGAGGGGUUGUGGUGGGGACAGCAAGUGAGAUGAUGUUGACACCCUUUGGGGCUCUGGCAGCUGGCUUUCUGGCUGGGACCGUCUCCACCCUGGGGUAUAAGUUCUUUACGCCUAUCCUGGAGUCCAGAUUUAAACUGCAAGACACAUGUGGUGUUCACAACCUCCAUGGGAUGCCAGGGCUACUGGGGGCCAUCCUGGGAGUCCUGGUGGCUGCGCUGGCCACCCAUGAGGCUUAUGGAGAUGGCCUGCAGACUGUGUUCCCACUCAUAGCCAAGGGUCAGCGCAGUGCUACAUCUCAGGCCAUGUAUCAGCUCUUUGGAAUGUUUGUCACACUGGUGUUUGCCUCUGUGGGUGGCAGCCUUGGAGGGCUCCUGCUGAAGCUUCCCUUCCUGGACUCCCCUCCAGACUCCCAAUGCUUCGAGGACCAGGUUUACUGGGAGGUACCUGGGGAGCAGGAGGCUGAGACCCAGAGGCCUCUGAGGACUGAGGAGCCAGACACCCAGGCCUAAUUGCUGCCAGCAUGACUGACGCUGUCCUCAGAGAAGACAAUGGCUCCUGCCAUUGGUUACUCCUGCUUUUGUUACUAUUGUGUGAGGAAGUCCGCCACUCCUAGGAGGAUCCCCAUUAGCUUGUGCCUGUGGCCAGAAAAGGCCAAAGCCAGCCCAUUGACCAGUGUUACCCUGUUCCAGUGACACCCAAGCCAGGUCCACUCUGGGUGGGAAGCUGGGUGAUAAACAAGUAUCACCAAGGACUCUGA